GCGGAGACGGGAGGAGGAGCGGAGGGAGAAGUAGGUUGCGAGCUCAGCACAGGCUCCGGCGCUGGCUCCCGCAGAUGAGUUUGGGAGAUGUCUAAGUGAUUUUUUUUUUUUCCCGGAAGGCAAAUGGCUGGCGUGGAAGCACAACCCGCUUUCACUCUUCGAAUUUGUGCUUAGGUCUUUUCUUGUACCUUGCGACUCGUGACCAACAUGCUGUGAUGUGUGCCGAGGGAGGAAUUGGUAAGAGUGAGACGGCGAAUCCCUCUGACUGUCCCAGACUUCUGCUUCACCGCCCACCCGCUUUUCCUUUCUGUUUCUCUCUCCUGUUUCUCCCCGCUCCACUUCCCUAGUCGUGUUUAGAUUUGAUGACAUGGCUCAAAACUACAGUUCUGGGCUGUUACUGAACUUAAAAAAAAAAACAACAAAAGAUAAAAUGAUUACACCAUUUUCAAUCAUUUGAUUGUUGAAGGGGAAUUUAAAAAUCUAUUUUAAAUGCUGGAUUUUGUAAAAAGGUAAACUGUGCACACGCGGGCGCACACGGGCACGUACAUACACGCAUUCUCACACACACACCUUUGUACACGCUGGCAUACACGGGCACGCACACACACGCAUUCACACACACACACUCCUUUGUCAUCCCGUUGUGAAAUAAGCAGUUGAAAGAAAUUUUGGUUAUCUGCCUCAAAGGUGAUGAAAAGGGAAGGUGUUGAAGAUUUAGCCCAGCAGAUUGAUUCCUUAAGGUUGAUUCCCUAAGGUUGAUUCCUUAGGAAGAAAAAGAUGUUUGUAUUGGAGCUUUCUCAGAAAUAGUUUUCAAAGGAGUGCUACAAAGAAGCCCCCAUGCUUCCCCCAAAACCCUAACUUUAAAGAACCUAGUUGUUAUUCGGGGCACCCUUUAUUUUACGUUAUAAAACAUGUAGUUUUAAUUUACCACGUACAGCAGAGAGACAUCAGUUGGUUAGGGAAUGGAUGGUUAUUUUGGUGUCUGGGACCCUGUGCCUUUAGAAAGAAUAUGUUUUAACUGCUCUUAUCGUGCUAGCUCAGGUUUUUAAAAUGUGAUCUGAAUAAGACCAAAGUUUCUUCUUGCAUUCUUUUCAUGCUGGUUCUAAGCAGGGAGAAAAACAAGUCUGUAUGGACAGAGCAAACCUCUAACUCAAAAUCAACCUUGAAAGAUGCAUCAACAAAGACAGGGGCUCCUCAUCCACCAAUAUUUACUUCUAUCAGCCUUUAAAUCAUGUAGGUCACAUUUCUGUGAAGAAUAGCAUCAUCGAAAACCCUUGCUGACUUGUGAAGAGCAAAAAUCAUUGCAACGGAGUAGUUCAUUCAGUGUCCGCAGCAAGAACCUCCCACUCCGAUCCACCUCAAAAAUUGGAAGUAGUUCUUCUAAUGAAGAAGAAUCAAAGAAAAUGCUACAAGUAAGAUUGUUUGAGAAUUCUCACAGAACAAUGCAUUGAUAAAUAUAAAUUUAAUAGUGCUUGAAGAAAAGGAGAAUUGAUUUAUCAACUCUAGGAACAAAUAUAUGUGUGCUGGAUGCUAUCGCUAUUCCUGGUCAGCUACACAACCUGGAUCUCAGCACAGUUUGGAUAUGACUGAGGCUCUCCAAUGGGCCAGAUAUCACUGGCGACGGCUGAUCAGAGGUGCAACCAGGGAUGAUGAUUCAGGGCCAUACAACUAUUCCUCGUUGCUCGCCUGUGGGCGCAAGUCCUCUCAGACCCCUAAACUGGCAGGAAGGCACCGGAUUGUUGUUCCCCACAUCCAGCCCUUCAAGGAUGAGUAUGAGAAGUUCUCCAGAGCCUAUGUGAACAAUCGAAUACGAACAACAAAGUACACGCUUCUGAAUUUUGUGCCAAGAAAUUUAUUUGAACAAUUUCACAGAGCUGCCAAUUUAUAUUUCCUGUUCCUAGUUGUCCUGAACUGGGUACCUUUGGUAGAAGCCUUCCAAAAGGAAAUCACUAUGUUGCCUCUGGUGGUGGUCCUUACAAUUAUCGCAAUUAAAGAUGGCCUGGAAGAUUAUCGGAAAUACAAAAUUGACAAACAGAUCAAUAAUUUAAUAACUAAAGUUUAUAGUAGGAAAGAGAAAAAAUACACUGACCGAUGCUGGAAAGACGUUACUGUUGGGGACUUUAUUCGCCUCUCCUGUAACGAGGUCAUCCCUGCAGACAUGGUACUACUCUUUUCCACUGAUCCAGAUGGAAUCUGUCACAUUGAGACUUCUGGUCUUGAUGGAGAGAGCAAUUUAAAACAGAGGCAGGUGGUUCGGGGAUAUGCAGAACAGGACUCUGAAGUUGAUCCUGAGAAGUUUUCCAGUAGGAUAGAAUGUGAAAGCCCAAACAAUGACCUCAGCAGAUUCCGAGGCUUCCUAGAACAUUCCAACAAAGAACGCGUGGGUCUCAGUAAAGAGAAUUUGUUGCUUAGAGGAUGCACCAUUAGAAACACAGAGGCUGUUGUGGGCAUUGUGGUUUAUGCAGGCCAUGAAACCAAAGCAAUGCUGAACAACAGUGGGCCGCGGUAUAAGCGCAGCAAAUUAGAAAGAAGAGCAAACACAGAUGUCCUCUGGUGUGUCAUGCUUCUGGUCAUAAUGUGCUUAACUGGCGCAGUGGGUCAUGGAAUCUGGUUGAGCAGGUAUGAAAAGAUGCAUUUUUUCAAUAUUCCCGAGCCUGAUGGACAUAUCAUAUCACCACUGUUGGCAGGAUUUUAUAUGUUUUGGACCAUGAUCAUUUUGUUACAGGUCUUGAUUCCUAUUUCUCUCUAUGUUUCCAUCGAAAUUGUGAAGCUUGGACAAAUAUAUUUCAUUCAAAGUGAUGUGGAUUUCUACAAUGAGAAAACGGAUUCUAUUGUUCAGUGCCGAGCCCUGAACAUCGCCGAGGAUCUGGGACAGAUUCAGUACCUCUUUUCCGAUAAGACAGGAACCCUCACUGAGAAUAAGAUGGUUUUUCGAAGAUGUAGUGUGGCAGGAUUUGAUUACUGCCAUGAAGAAAAUGCCAGGAGGUUGGAGUCCUAUCAGGAAGCUGUCUCUGAAGAUGAAGAUUUUAUAGACACAGUCAGCGGUUCCCUCAGCAAUAUGGCAAAACCGAGAGCCCCCAGCUGCAGGACAGUUCAUAAUGGGCCUUUGGGAAAUAAGCCCUCAAAUCAUCUUGCUGGGAGCUCUUUUACUCUAGGAAGUGGAGAAGGAGCCAGUGAAGUGCCUCAUUCCAGACAGGCUGCUUUCAGUAGCCCCAUUGAAACAGACGUGGUACCAGACACCAGGCUUUUAGACAAAUUUAGUCAGAUUACACCUCGGCUCUUUAUGCCACUAGAUGAGACCAUCCAAAAUCCACCACUGGAAACUUUGUACAUCAUCGACUUCUUCAUUGCAUUGGCAAUUUGCAACACAGUAGUGGUUUCUGCUCCUAACCAACCCCGACAAAAGAUCAGACACCCUUCACUGGGGGGGUUGCCCAUUAAGUCUUUGGAAGAGAUUAAAAGUCUUUUCCAGAGAUGGUCUGUCCGAAGAUCAAGUUCUCCAUCGCUUAACAGUGGGAAAGAGCCAUCUUCUGGAGUUCCAAACGCCUUUGUGAGCAGACUCCCUCUCUUUAGUCGAAUGAAACCAGCUUCACCUGUGGAGGAAGAGGUCUCCCAGGUGUGUGAGAGCCCCCAGUGCUCCAGUAGCUCAGCUUGCUGCACAGAAACAGAGAAACAACACGGUGAUGCAGGCCUCCUGAAUGGCAAGACAGAGUCCCUCCCUGGACAGCCAUUGGCCUGCAACCUGUGUUAUGAGGCCGAGAGCCCAGAUGAAGCGGCCUUAGUGUAUGCCGCCAGGGCUUACCAAUGCACUUUACGGUCUCGGACACCAGAGCAGGUCAUGGUGGACUUUGCUGCUUUGGGACCAUUAACAUUUCAACUCCUACACAUCCUGCCCUUUGACUCAGUAAGAAAAAGAAUGUCUGUUGUGGUCCGACACCCUCUUUCCAAUCAAGUUGUGGUGUAUACGAAAGGCGCUGAUUCUGUGAUCAUGGAGUUACUGUCAGUGGCUUCCCCAGAUGGAGCAAGUCUGGAGAAACAACAGAUGAUAAUAAGGGAGAAAACCCAGAAGCACUUGGAUGACUAUGCCAAACAAGGCCUUCGUACUUUAUGUAUAGCAAAGAAGGUCAUGAGUGACACUGAAUAUGCAGAGUGGCUGAGGAAUCAUUUUUUAGCUGAAACCAGCAUUGACAACAGGGAAGAAUUACUACUUGAAUCUGCCAUGAGGUUGGAGAACAAACUUACAUUACUUGGUGCUACUGGCAUUGAAGACCGUCUGCAGGAGGGAGUCCCUGAAUCUAUAGAAGCUCUUCACAAAGCGGGCAUCAAGAUCUGGAUGCUGACAGGGGACAAGCAGGAGACAGCUGUCAACAUAGCUUAUGCAUGCAAACUACUAGAGCCAGAUGACAAGCUUUUUAUCCUCAAUACCCAAAGUAAAGAUGCCUGUGGGAUGCUGAUGAGCACAAUUUUGAAAGAACUUCAGAAGAAAACUCAAGCCCUGCCAGAGCAAGUGUCAUUAAGUGAAGAUUUACUUCAGUCUCCUGUCCCCCAGGACUCAGGGUUACGAGCUGGACUCAUUAUCACUGGGAAGACCCUGGAGUUUGCCCUGCAAGAAAGUCUACAAAAGCAGUUCCUGGAACUGACAUCUUGGUGUCAAGCUGUGGUCUGCUGCCGAGCCACACCGCUGCAGAAAAGUGAAGUGGUGAAAUUGGUCCGCAGCCAUCUCCAGGUGAUGACCCUUGCUAUUGGUGAUGGUGCCAAUGAUGUUAGCAUGAUACAAGUGGCAGACAUUGGGAUAGGGGUCUCAGGUCAAGAAGGCAUGCAGGCUGUGAUGGCCAGUGACUUUGCCGUUUCUCAGUUCAAACAUCUCAGCAAGCUCCUUCUUGUCCAUGGACACUGGUGUUAUACACGGCUUUCCAACAUGAUUCUCUAUUUUUUCUAUAAGAAUGUGGCCUAUGUGAACCUCCUUUUCUGGUACCAGUUCUUUUGUGGAUUUUCAGGAACAUCCAUGACUGAUUACUGGGUUUUGAUCUUCUUCAACCUCCUCUUCACAUCUGCCCCUCCUGUCAUUUAUGGUGUUUUGGAGAAAGAUAUGUCUGCAGAGACCCUCAUGCAACUGCCUGAACUUUACAAAAGUGGUCAGAAAUCAGAGGCAUACUUACCCCAUACCUUCUGGAUCACCUUAUUGGAUGCUUUUUAUCAAAGCCUGGUCUGCUUCUUUGUGCCUUAUUUUACCUACCAGGGCUCAGAUAUUGACAUCUUUGCAUUUGGAAACCCCCUGAACACAGCUGCUCUGUUCAUCAUUCUCCUCCAUCUGGUCAUUGAAAGCAAGAGUUUGACUUGGAUUCACUUGCUGGUCAUCAUUGGUAGCAUCUUGUCUUAUUUUUUAUUUGCCAUAGUUUUUGGAGCCAUGUGUGUAACUUGCAACCCACCAUCCAACCCUUACUGGAUUAUGCAGGAGCACAUGCUGGAUCCAGUAUUCUACUUAGUUUGUAUCCUCACGACGUCCAUUGCUCUUCUGCCCAGGUUUGUAUACAGAGUUCUUCAGGGAUCCCUGUUUCCAUCUCCAAUUCUGAGAGCUAAGCACUUUGACAGACUAACUCCAGAGGAGAGGACUAAAGCUCUCAAGAAGUGGAGAGGGGCUGGAAAGAGGAAUCAAGUGACAUCAAAGUAUGCUAACCAAUCAGCUGGCAAGUCAGGAAGAAGACCCAUGCCUGGCCCUUCUGCUGUAUUUGCAAUGAAGUCAGCAACUUCAUGUGCUAUUGAGCAAGGAAACUUAUCUCUGUGUGAAACUUCUUUAGAUCAAGGCUACUCUGAAACUAAGGCCUUUGAGAUGGCUGGACCCUCCAAAGGUAAAGAAAGCUAGAUACCCUCCUUGGAGUUGCCAGUAUUCUUUCAAGGUUGGAAGAGGGAUUUUGAAGAGGUAUCUCUCCAAGCAAGAAUGACUUGUUUUUCCAUAAGGGACAUGAGCAUUUUACUAGGCUUGGAAGAGCUGACAUGAUGAGCAUUAUUGUAUGUUUGUAUAUACAUUUGUGAUAGAGGGCUAGAGUUUGACCUAGACAGAGUUUAAGGAAGUGAAAUAUUUAAUUCAGAACCAAAUGCUUUUGUAAAACUUUUUGGAUUUUGUAAAAGCAUUUUCAUUCUCUUAGAAAUUCAAGUAUUUUCAAGGGGAGUCAUUUGAGAUAUAUUUAUUUUACUAGGAGAUCUUAUAUUCUAGGGAAAUGCUUUAAAUGGUCAGGCUCCAAUCGGAAUUUUUUUUAUUAAGAAAAAAGUAGUUUUUAAUACAUUGGUUAGGACUCAGAGGAAAUAUGGAAAAAACAUUGUAGAUGGUUAAUUUACAGAUAAAAUCCCAAGAGCCUUUUAAACAACAAGGUACCUAAAAUAGGGUAUAAUUAUACUGCUUAAAAUACAGUUAGUGCCUAUUAAUAGCUUUUUAUUUCCUAUGGGAAGAUGCUUUUGGUCUUCUGGCUGAAGAUGUAGGCAUACCUCUCUGCUCAUUUCAAUGUUUUCCUGAGGUGGAGCCUUCAUUGGAAAGGGGAAAGAGGGAUUCUAGGGUUUCAUCAGGGACCAGGAAUGCAUUCCUCUGUCAGGUUCCAAUCAAGAGAAGACCUUUUAUGAGAUCUGCCUCUGUAUAGAUGUUGUAAGUUAGGAAACUGAAGCCAUAGGUCAGGCAGACAUCAGCUCAGCCUGUGGCCCAUUGGGUGAUUUCCUGUAUUUUAAAACUGACAGUAGCCUGAUCAAAGUGAUACAAUCAAUUUCAAAACAAUCUUCCAGAGACCACUUGAAGGUUCAUAGUUUUUACAAUACCCUGAGACUUUUCAGGUGUUGGAGCCUCUAAAAUAUGAGAUAUAAACAGAAACUAAUACAAGUUGUUCUCUGGAGGUUUCUAUGAGGUUCUUAGAAAAAUUUGGUUUUAAAAUACAUUUGAGGACAGGAAUGUCUAUAGCAAGUUUACUGCUAUUGCAAAUCAUGUAUGCUGGCUUUAGUUGUAACAAAGAAACGAUUUUAUUCUAAGUAAGGCCAGGUGCUACUAUAAAAUCAUAUAUUCCUGUUGAAGUUCUUUUGAAAUCCUAUCUCUAUUUAUUAUAUUUGAAAGUUGUCAGCCAACAGUCAUCCAGAAUUUCCUUCCUGAAUCUCCAUGCUCAUAUGCAAUGUCUACAUCAAGGUCUUCUUAAUGACUAUUAUUCUCAGGGUUUAGUUUUCUACCUUCUGCCUACUAUUUUGGUCUGACAUUUUUGUAGCCUUCUGUUAUUAUUGCAAAUAGUCUUUUACAUAAGCUGAUUUCGAGAACUUUCAAAAUCUCACAUAGCUAAUGGAAGUUGCUUUCUGCUUUCUUAUGACUGUUUUUAUAAAUAAACUGUUUCAUAAAUAAUGUA